AUGAGAGAAAUUGGAAUGUCAAUCCCAGAAUUCUUCACAUGUCCAAUCAGUCUAGAACUGUUCAAUGAUCCUGUGACUCUUUGCACAGGGCAAACUUAUGACAGGCCUUCAAUUGAGAAAUGGCUUGCAGCUGGGAAUCUUACAUGUCCUGUUACAAUGCAGAAGCUUCAAGAUUUAUCAAUGGUGCCUAAUCAUACCCUUAAGCAUUUAAUUCAACAAUGGCAUCUUAAGGGUAGUCAUAAUUAUCAUCAAUUUAAUGAUGUUAAUCAUGAUUAUUAUGAUGAUUUUUACAAAGUGGGUAAUUCAAAAAAUGUCUCCUUUUCUUCAUUAAAGCAUAUUCUUGAAUUUCAGGAUUCCAGUUUGGAGAAGAAAAUACAAGUUUUAGAGCAAAUUAUAUUGUUGUCAGAAGAUUUGCCAAGAAAAAAUGGGGGUUUAAUUCAAAUGGGGGUUUUCUCAUUGAUUUUGGGGAUGAUUUUUGGUGCAAAAAUAACCCAAGAAAUGGUUGGUUUGGUGGAGAAAUCUCUUAUUUGUGCCAUAAAAUUGAUGCAAUCUUCUGAUUUAGGGGAUUUGAAUAUGCUUUUGGAAGAUUCCAAAUUUGAAAAUUUCAAAGUUUUACUACAAGAAGGAAGUUGUAUGAUCAAGACAACAUUGUGCAACAUUAUAGAGAAAGUUUUUCUUCAAUCAAGUUUAGCAACAAAAGAGUUAGCAACCAAGAUUGGAAAUGACACAAAAGUACUCAAAACUAUGGUUGGUUAUGUUGAUGAUUAUAAACAAAAUUCCGAGCUCGCAGAGGCAUCGAUUAAGGCCAUCUUAAGCAUUGUAUCAAGCUCAUCACACGAGCCAUACCGCGAAAAUUUGGUUAAAGAAGGGGUAGUUCAUACAUUGAUCACAUACAUUGUCGAAGUCGAAAAUUGUAAAGAUCACAAGGACUUGGCACCAAAGGCAACAAAGGCACUAGAAUUGGUGCUAGAGUUAGAAAGUGGUAAACAAGCAUUUUUGGUAAAAGAGGUGCUUAAUGAUGGGAUUGAGGCCUUAAUUAAGAUGGUAUUUAGAGUUUCAGGAGAUGAUUUAGGAAGUGAAAGUGCAGUAAAUUGUCUAAUGAAAUUGUGUUAUGAAUCAUUGGAAGUUAGUGAAAAAGCAAUUUGUGGUGGAAUUUUGACACAAUUGUUGUUGUUGCUACAAAGCCAGUGUAGUGGGCGGGCCAAGAGUCGGGCCAGGAUGCUGCUAAAGCUGCUAAGAUCCAUGUGGGCUAAGGACCCAAUACAUGUGUAG